CCCGCCCCCUCGCGGGCCGGCGGGAGCAGCGGUGCGGUGCGGUUAGCGCGGCGCGGAGCGGCGGCGCCCAGCACUUAUUGCGGCUGGCGGCCUCGUCGUGGCACGGGGGGACGGUGGAGGAGGCUGUGGUCCCGCAGAGGCAACCCGGAAGAGCGGCCCUGGCUCGGCUCCGGUCUCCUCAGCAGAGCGCCCGAGACCCAUAAGCGUUGGGUCCCUAGGAACAUGCUUCAGGAAGAUGCACAUGGAAAGUGGACAGUAUCUAGCAGUGAUGAAAGUACUGAGGAAAACUCUGAGAGUGAAAAACCAUCUACAUCCUCACCUUUGGAUGCUGCACAUGGCAGAACAAGUGGGCCACCAUAUCCGUGCUCUGAAGCUAGAAAAGCUGCUCACAAAAGAAAAGCUUCUCCCCUGAAGUUCAGUGAUAAAAGUUCUAUGGAAGUACCUGCACCAGGAAAACAGAGAACUAGCCAAGAGGGCUCAGGCUGGUGUCUUUCUAGUAGUGAUGAAGAGCCUGAAGAUCAGGAAAAGCAUGCUCACAAAGAAACACUGAAAGAAGAAAAAUGUGAUGCACCCAAAGAACAUUCUCUGAAUCUUCACAAAGACGGACUCUCAGAGAAGUGGAAAGAGGAGUAUAAUGAAACACCCGGUGAAGGCCAGGAUACCUGGGAUUUGUUGAAUGGAGGGAACCCUUUCAGGUUUUUUCUGACUAAAGUCACAGGAAUUGAACAGAGCUAUAAUUCUGGAGCCCUGCACAUAAAAGAUAUUUUAUCUCCUCUUUUUGGGACUCUUGUAUCUUCUGCUCAGUUUAACUACUGUUUUGAUGUGGGAUGGCUUGUAAGACAGUAUCCGCAGGAGUUCAGGAAGAAGCCAUUGUUGAUAGUUCAUGGUGAAAAGAGAGAAUCCAAAGCUGAACUGGUUGCACAAGCACGCCCUUAUGAGCACAUUAGCUUUUGUCAGGCUAAACUGGAUAUUGCAUUUGGAACUCACCACACGAAGAUGAUGUUGUUGUUAUAUGAAGAAGGUCUUCGAGUUGUGAUACAUACAUCCAAUCUUAUUGCUGAAGAUUGGCACCAGAAAACUCAGGGGAUAUGGCUAAGCCCUUUAUAUCCAAGGCUACCUCAGGGAACAACUGGUUCUGCUGGUGAAUCUGAAACUAAUUUUAAAUCUGACCUAAUAAGUUACUUGACAGCUUACAAUUCUCCUACACUCAAGGAGUGGAUAGAUCUCAUUCAAGAACAUGAUUUAUCGGAGACAAGAGUGUAUUUGCUUGGUUCUACCCCUGGACGAUAUCAAGGUAGUGAUAAAGAAAAAUGGGGUCAUCUUAGGCUCAGAAAGCUUUUGAAGGAUCACGCUUCGUCAAUACCAGCACGGGAAUCCUGGCCUGUUGUUGGACAGUUCUCAAGCAUUGGUUCACUGGGUGUUGAUGGGUCCAAAUGGCUGUGCUCAGAGUUCCAGGAGAGCCUGGUGGCUGCAGGCAGCAGUGUGACAACUCCCCUUAAAUGUGAUGUUCCAAUUCAUUUGGUUUAUCCUACGGUGGACAAUGUGAGGCAAAGUCUGGAAGGCUAUCCUGCUGGUGGCUCGCUUCCGUACAGUAUACAGACAGCACAGAAACAGCUGUGGUUGCAUUCCUAUUUUCACAAAUGGGCAGCAAGCAUCUCAGGUCGAAGUCAUGCUAUACCUCACAUUAAGACAUACAUGAGACCCUCUCCUGACUUCCAGAAGAUUGCCUGGUUCUUAGUUACAAGUGCCAAUCUAUCUAAAGCAGCUUGGGGAGCUCUGGAGAAAAGUGGUACACAACUGAUGAUCCGGUCUUAUGAACUUGGAGUCCUUUUCUUGCCUUCAGCUUUUGGGUUGGACAAAGGUUACUUUUGUGUAAGAGGGAAAACGCUUUCAGAAAGUAAGGAGUCAGCAACAUAUUUUCCUGUCCCUUAUGACCUACCACCAGAGCAGUAUGGAAGCAAAGACCAACCAUGGAUUUGGAAUAUUCCUCACACUGACGCCCCUGAUACACAUGGAAAUAUGUGGGUUCCGUCAUGAAUGUUUCCAGUGUUCUGUGAUGUUUCAUCUGCUGACACUGAACCCUAAAAUGCUCCUGGCAAGACUGCUUACUUCUGGGUGUUUGGGGUUUUUUUAAGCAAUGAUGUCUGCUUUAUUGGCUAAUUUGUAAUUGAAAAAAAACAUUAAAAUGUUGAUAAUGGGGAGAUUCUUGGAGAAUCUGUAACCAUAUUAUUAGAAAUUAACUUGUAACACUGCAUUUUUAAAUACCUUUUUAUAUGUUUUUUCCUUAUCGUGGUUUCUAAUACACUCUUCAAGAUGAAAACAAGUGUAAACUGUUCUUGGAGAUUCUCUUUGUGUUUUUUAGCUGUAACAAAUGUAAAGAUUACUGUUCUGUGACACUGUCAGUUGGCCCCAGUGGCUGGAAUAAAAGUUAUUGUAUGUAAAAUUUAAAUAAAGUCAAUCUUGUUUAUA